CUUCAGCUUCAGGCUCCGGUUUGGCUGGGACAAUCAUUAAUCGGCUUCUCCUGGAUUCCUUGGGAUGGAAAAAUGCCCCAGCGGGUAACCCUGCCCUGGCAGCCCGACAUGCAGCUGGCCGGCAAGCUCGUCCUCUCCGCAGCCGCGCUGCUCCUCCUGACCUGGGCUUACAGGUUCUACAGAUCCCGCUCCUUGACCGGGGGGAAAAGCACCCAGGGAGAGGCGAGGGGGGAAAAGAAGGAAAAACUUCCCCAGGAUGCGGAUGGAGUGGUAGGAAGCAAGCCAGGAAGCAAGCUGGGAAGUGAACUGGGAAGCGAGCUGGGAAGCAGGUCAGGAAGGGAGCUGAGCUCCUCUGCCCCUGGGGCCAUGGCUGAAGCACAGAGCAGCAGUGGAGAAGGGGAAGUGUUUGCCCCAAGGAACAGGCUCCCUCUUGGGACUGCUGGUGCCCAGGUGGCAGGGGAGGGACGUACCCAGAGCACAGAGCAGGAUUUGGCCAUCGGUGUCAUGAGGCAGAAGACUGAGGGGCACUGGGGGACAAUCCAGACCCUGAGUGUUACCUCGGACCUGGGGCUAACGAUGACGGCGAGUGACGUGGGGUCAGAUGCCUCCUACUCCUUCUCCUCGGUGGCAAAGAUCCAGGUGGAGGAGAGCUACAUCGGGGAGCAGCGGGGGAGGGAUGGGGCUGGACAGCCCCUCCCCGGCCUCAAAGGUAAAGUCUACGACUACUAUGUCCAGUCCAUCUCCCAGUCGGUGUUGAAGAAGAGAUCUGUCCCCUACAUCCCUCCAGGAACAUCUCGGAGCAGCAGCUUGGGGUGGGUCAAUGAAAAGCUGCAGGGCCUUGCAACCCAGGGGAUGGAACCAGCUCUGGUGACACGGGACACUGCAGUCCCACCACCAACAGAGAACCCGGAGACCUCCCCAGAGCCACCAUCUCCUGGCCGCAAGGACAGCAUCCUCCGGAUUGCUGACAGUCCCCACCUCCAGCUGCCCUUGGAAGGCUUUGGGGUCUUGUCACCACCAGAAAGUCCUCAACCAGGGCUGGUGGCCGAUGCCAACUUCUUCCAAACACCAACACCCACCCAUCUGGACCUGGGGAACUGCUAUGAGGUCCUCUGCAUGGCCAAGGCACAGAAGCUGGGCCACCUCCAGGAGGCUGCCUACAAGGUCAUGAGUGACAACUAUCUCCAGGUGCUCAGGACACCCUCCAUCUACGGCCGUCUCAACGCCGCCGAGCGGGAGCUCAUCCUGCGUCGGAGGAUGAAGGGGAAGAUGUACAUGGCCACGGCAGACAUCAACGUGCAAGAGUCCAACCUCCACCCCAGCCACCUCUGCUACUAUGAUGAGGCAGGGGACUCCUGGCACCACCUCUGCCCCGUGCCCCCGGAGGUGGUCUCCCAGGGCUGCGCCAUGUGCAGCAUGUUCAACUACCUCUUUGUGGUCAGCGGCUGCAAGGGUGCGGGCCGGACACAGACGCCUUCCAACCGCGCCUUCUGCUAUGACCCCCUCACCAACAUCUGGAGGGAGAUCUGUCCCCUGAACCAGGCAAGGCCCCGCUGCAAGCUGGUGGCCUUGGACGGCCACCUCUACGCCAUCGGGGGUGAGUGCCUCUACACAGUGGAGCGCUACGACCCCCGGCGAGACCGCUGGGCCUUCACUGCCCCCCUGCCCCACGACACCUUCGCCGUGGCCCACACGGCCACCGUGUGCGACGGGGAGAUCUACGUGACGGGGGGCACCCUGCGCCGCGUCCUGCUGCGCUACAGCGCCCGCUCCGACAGCUGGAGGGUGAGCCCGGCGGGAGGGGGCGAGGAGAGGACGGUGGAGAUGGUGAGCACCGACGGCUUCAUCUACCGCUUCCACCUCCGCCGUGGCACCGGCAUCGGCGUCUACCGCUGCGGGGCCAAGGCCAAGCUGUGGUACCCCUGUGCCACCUACGCCACGUCCAACCCCUCCAGCUUCCGCUGCGCCGUGCUGGGCAGCCUCGUCCAUUGCGUCGGCCGAGACCUCCACCUGCGCUUCUUGGCCGACCACGUCUCCCCUCGCUUCGGGACCAAGGAGCUGCAGCCCUUCCCCUCACCCCGUGGCAGCCUCCUCCUGGCUGUCCUGGUGCUGCCGGAGGCAGGGAUGGCUCAAACACGGGUCUGAGGGAUCCGUGCAACACUGGUGGUGGCUUAGAUACGACUCGAUGGUGAAAGCUGAUAGAAGAAGCCACCAGGACCACAUGGCACAGCACCAGUGCUACCAGGACAAUGUUACCCAUCAAGCAGGCAUCACAUCUACUCCCACAAGUAGGGCAGGACACAAGUUACCUUCAGAUCCUGCCAAUAAACCCAACCUUGAAGUCACAAGGAAGAGCAAAGCAGGAGCUGGGUGGACUUAUUUGCUUAGAGGUAUUUAAAUAUAGGCGUGCUUGCUCGGAUGCAAAUAAACACUGGCUCCCCACGGGCUCCCAGCUGUGCACUGCCCCACAGGUAGCUGAUUUGCAAUAUUUGGGUAUUAAAUAUUGACCUGGACACACCACACGUGGGGGAUUGGAAGGGGAAGGAAUGCAGCAGCAGGGUUUCAGCCCUAAGGAGGCAUCACCCAAAGGUCAUCCCCAUCGGCAUCACGCCAGCACUGAGCCUUCAGCCUUGACCUCACACGUCCCUAGGGCUGGAGGUUGGGGGCAGAGGGUGCCCGGCUUCAACCCGUGCCUUGCUAUCUAUUAACUUAUCCUCAGCACAGAGUAAUAUAUAUAUAUAUAUAUAGGGAGAGAGAGAUUUGCACAC